CGGGCAGGGGGCUUAGCUGCAAGGCCGGGCUGUCUGCCAACGACGCGGGCGCGCCCCAGACAGAGCAGCCUUCCGCUGUCGCCGCUGCCGCCGCCACUCCAUGCAGCCCGACACCUGGCUCGCUCACCGGCACAGCGCGGACCCGUCGAGAGAGGAGCGCCGGACGCCGCCCUUUCUGCAGCCGGACCCGUCUCAGUAUCUGCCUCUCCCGUCGCUGAGCGAGCGCAGCACGGGCGGCUGGUUUGGCGGCUCCAACUGGUGGGCCCGCCGCACCGACCUGGAGCGCACCGUUGAGGCGCAGGCGGCUGAGCUGGCAGCCCUCCGAAGCAAGGUCUGCAAGCUCGAGGGCGUCGCCCGGUCGCCGCUGCCGCCACCGCCGCCGCUCGCGUCCGCGUACACAAACACCAAACCACAGCUGUUGCCAAAACGACCACUCGACCGUAUCGAGGGUCUGAUCGACGAGCGGAUCCGCACCCUCUGCCUGGUGGGCGUGCUCUGCGCCGUCGUCUACUUCGCCCUGUACCAUCUCGCCGGCACACUCAUCCCCUUCUUCCUCGCCGUCUCGCUCAAGUACAUCCUCACACCCCUCAUCGACGUGCUGUCGUGCCGGCACCCGCUCUGCGAGAGCGGCCGGCCGCGGCCGUGGUGGCUCGUCGAGCUGCCUCGCAAGUGGGCGGUGCUCUUUGCCUUGGCGAUCGCGCUGUUCGUCCUCUUUGUCGUGGGGCUGACCGUCGCAAACUCGCUCUCGGCCUUCGCCUCGCGCGCGGGCGUGUACAACGAGCGCAUCGACGAGCUGAUCGACUGGUUCUUCCACAAGCUGACCGAGGUGCAGAUCGACCUCGGAGUCAUCAACGCCACGGACCACUCGGGCGAGCGGCAGAUCGAAAACAUCGACCUGCUCAAGAAUGCAGUGGUGGAGAAGAUCGACGCGUCCGAGCUCAUCAUCUCCUUCCUCGGCACCGCCACCAGCGUGCUCGAGAACGAGACCUUCACCGACUACGACAUGCUCCUCGCUUUCCUCGCGCCGAUGCUGCUCGCAUUCCUCAACAAGGACGUCUUCGCCUCGUCCACCAACCUCGACUCGGUCGGCGUCAUGCUCUCCAUCCUGCUCUGGGGCUCCGUCUGGGGCAUCACCGGCAUGGUCCUCGCCGUGCCAAUCACCGCCGUCUUCCGGAUACACCUCGAGCACAUCCAGCACCCGCUGCCGCGCUACCUCGCGGGCAAGCUCGGCAAGUCGACGGCCAUGCCGCGCGACACCGCGAGCGCUCGCGCGCGGGAGACAGAGGUGGACGUGGCGGCCGUCGGGCCGGCGAGACAGUCGACGCACAUGCCAGUCGCACGGCCGGGAGGUGGAGAUGAGCUACUGUGACCCGUGCGGGCUUUCUUUUGGUGCGUGUGGUCCACGCUCGGGGUACAAAACUCGCUCUCACAGCACA